AAAUUGAGCUUGUUGAAAUCUCCGUUACGUUUUAACCACUUUUUGAAUGUCUGUUUUCUGAACCAAUUUAAAAAAACAAUUUUUCAAUAUAUGGUAUCUAUUUAGAACUUGGAUAUUAAUUUUUAUUAACUUUCUACAAAUUAACAUUAAAAAGAAAAAUGAAUCCAUAUUCUAGCUAUUAGAUGAACAAAUUGACUAUAGAUAAAUUUUAUGUCAAAAGGAUUCGAGCUUAUUAUGACGAUACAACAAGCACAGAAAUCGAAGAAACGGACUCGAUGCUUUAUUAUAAAACUCAAACAUUUUAUUGUAAAGUUGAAAUAGAUAUUCCUACAUGUAUAUCUGAUCACGAUUGGACAGUUGGUCUUGUUCAAGCUUGUGAUUAUAUGUAUUUAGCUAAUGAUUAUGAAGGAAUUGGUCAAUCACUUUGGGAAUUUCAUCCAUUAAAAAGUGGUCUGAGACAAUUAAUCAAUGAUAGCGAUGGGCUGCAAUAUCCAUUUUAUAGUGUUCAUCAAAGUUUAUAUAAUAUUAAAAAAGGUCCCUUAAAAAAAUCAACUCUAAAUUUACAUGUGAAAGAUUAUUUUCAUCCUUCUGUUGUCUGGGAAUUACCUUUUUCUGGUGGCGUACGACUAACUGAAAUUAUUAGACAACAAAAAUUUCUAAUUUGGUUAGUAGCUAUCAAAUAUGGAAAAACGUUUUCAUGUAAAGAUGAGAUUACUGUAUUGGAAAAAAUACGUUGGGAAUAUGACUUACGUAUAAAAGUUGAUCCAUUUAUGCCUCUGGGUAGUCGUAUACGCAAAAUUUAUGAUAUCCAACAUAAUGGGGUUAUUUUAACAAAUUCGGAUAAACCUUACAGACUACCCAUCUCUGCAGCACAUCCACCCCACUGUAAUGCUGCCCAAUCAUUAAUUUGGUAUCCUAAAGACCCACACACAACAGCACGUAUACUCGUGCCUCCUAAACAAAUUAUCGUUCCGUGGGAAGAAUGGGUACAUGAUAUGUUAGGUCCAAAUGCUAGAGUUUGCAAACCAAAUGAAGUUUUUGAGAUUGUUGGUGAUAUAACUUGA